AUGGGCCCACUGCGAAGACAACCGCCGACAUCGCCCAUCGGCCCAGCCAUCCCGAUUUUUGUCUCGAAUGGCAAGGGAUACAUCUGGGCAGUUGACCAGGUCAAACGGUUGAGAAUUGAUUAUCAGAUCUCUGGUCUCCUGACCGGUACGCUGCCUCAGCUGGCACAGCAGAAUGUGUUUCUUGGACUACCGUUACAGCUCAUGCCAGAGGAAGUCGUCGUCCUGGUCGAAUCGGGCAUAGCGGUUCUAGUUGAUGAUCUGAAUUCGCAUCGCCCAGCGACGCUCGAAGAAUCUGAAGAAUACCAGACCAAACGGGAUCAAGAGAUCGAAGAGGAGCGACGUUUGACGGUAAUCCGGGAUGACGAGCGACGAGCGGCUGCCAAGCAAGUCUACCGAUCUCAGAUUGAAGCUGCAGAGCAGAAACGACGCGCCCGACAACAGCAGGCGCCGCAGACAGAGGAUCGCUCUGACCAUCCAGGAGAAGAGAUCCAGCAAGGAAUGCUGCCACCGGACACCAGUGUUGACGACAGCAAAUCGACCAGCAACCCCUCCCGAGUCCCCUACUUCGUCCCCGUCCAUCUCCAAUCUCGGCCGCCUACGCACUCCCCCGAAGGCUCGAACAUGUUCCGUGCAUUGGAUUCGGCGAGACAGGCGGGCCUCUGGACUUACCCUGAAGAUCAAUAUCAACGGGCUAGAUGUGCCGUCUUUUCUGCGCUUUGGAGGCAAGGAAUGUUCUUGGGUAUUGGUCUCAAAUUCGGAUGCGACUUUCUCGUGUAUCCGGGCGACUCAUUGCGAUUCCAUUCUCACUUCGCUUGCACAGUGAUUCAGGACCCCCAAAAGCCCAUCGCACCUUUAUCGCUUGUCUCCUACGGAAGAUUAGCCACAGCCGUCAAAAAGUCUCAUCUACUAGCAUGUUGGGACGAGAGCACCCAAGCCGUGAAGUUCUUGAGUCUCGAGUGGGCUGGGAUGGGCUGA